GGGAAGCCUGGGAGUUCAGAGUAGCUCAGGCAAGGUGUAAAACAGGUGGAUAUCAGUAAACGUUUGCAGCGGAUUUACUGUUACAGAAGAGGUCAACUGCUGAAGGUCGUGUCAGUUUCAGAGCUGUGUCGAAGCCAAAUUCAGAUUCUUCAGAGGCUUUCCUGAUGGCAUCCAAUAUCACCACCACCGCUGCCGCAGCCGCUGCCGCCUCUCUGUCCAUCAGCCACCUGGUCGGCAUUAUUAUCCUGACCCUGGCGUUUGUACUGGGUUUCCCCGGCAACCUGUUUGUGGUUUGGUCCGUGGCCUGCCAGGUGAAGAAGCGCUCAGUGACCUGUUUGUUGAUAGUGAAUUUGGCUAUUGCGGAUGCUUUCGUGCUGCUCAGUGCCCCUUUUUUCCUGCGCUACCUGGCUGGAGGUCGGGGCUGGGAGUUUGGAUCGGCAGCCUGCAAACUGGUGCAUUACCUGUCAAAUGUGAACAUGUAUGUGUCCAUCUACCUCAUCUGCCUGAUGAGCAUGGACCGCUGGCUGGCCGUAACCAGGCCUUUUAUGUCCCAGAGAAUGAGAACCAAGCGCUCCCUGUUGGUUCUCCUGCUGGUGGUCUGGGUGAUGGCAUUCAUCCUGUCGCUGCCGAUGCCUUUCUACCGCAGUAAUCUGGGGAAACUAGGAUCAAACAAUGUCACUUUGUACUAUUGUAUUCCGUACCACUGGAGGAGCGUGGGUCACGAAGUCUUCCAGUACGUGUUUGAGACCGUCAUGGGCUGCCUGGUGCCUUUUUCCCUCCUCACCACCUGUUCCGCCUCCAUCAUCUGCCGUCUGAAAAGCGCCAAGUUCAAUCGCAGAAGACAAGGCAGCCGCCUCAUCCUGCUGAUCAUGUGUGCUUUUGCAGUAUUCUGGCUGCCCUAUCACAUUGUCAACAUCAUACAGGUCGUCGGUCAGUUGCUGGACAGUGCUUCAGUGAUGGCCGCUGCCAAAACAGCCCGACCAAAUGUCAUAGCCUUUGCUUACUUCAGCAGCGCUGUCAACCCCAUACUCUACGUGUUUGCCGGCAGCUCCCACAUCCGCCAGGCCGGCCUAGGCUUCAUGGGUAAGCUCUUCGAGGCCACAAACUCAGAGAGCAGGACCACGUCUACUUUCACCCGCGGCGGCCACACAAGCAGCUCUUCACCGGAUGAUGGCUCUGUCCUGCACACGCUAUCAACAAAACUGGGAAGGCCUUUCAAAGGCAAGAACAAGGACAGGAGCAGCAGCAUGGCGGGAAAAGAGGUCGACGAGCCUGAGCUCAAGACUAUGGCCAGUGUUGACCAGACAGAGUACAGCACUUAAGCUCUCCUCCAAAUGCAAGCUGUUUUCUUUGGACUACUUUUUUAUUAAUGAAUUAUACAGACUUUGUUGACUCCAAAUUUGUAUUUAUGACCUUUUUCUAUACAUAACUUUUAUAUCCAGGAAGAUUAUUGAACAACGAUCAGAUGGAUUUCCAUGAAAUUUGGUAGAAAAACUCAAAAUCCCCAGUAGGGCUGUCCAAUAUACCAUUUUAGAGACUGUGAAGCUUCAGUUAUAAUCAC